CUUGUAGUACGUUCUAAUGCAUGAAAAUGAUAAAAGGAAAGACAAGAAGAGACAAUAAAGAAGCUUGAAAUAUGUAUUAUGUUGUACUACUAUUUUCACAUAUUUUCUCAUAAGAAAAAGAAAGCCUUAAAAGUUGUGUAUCAAACGCCAAUUAUCUCUUAUUGUGAGAAAUGAUAAUGGUUUGUUUUUUUUUGUGAACAAAAUAUUCAAUAGUAGCCAAAGAGAUUGUUGCACAACAUAUGCAUCAUUUAUGCUGUUAUUAUUUGUAUAUCCAUGUUCUCCAUUAUCACAUUGCUCAUCUUUUUAUUCAUAUUACUUGAUAAUAAAACUACUACUUUUCUAUGAUAUAAAAAACCUUUCUUUUUUUUUUUUCCUUGAAUAUUUUGAUCUAUGGUGGCUUAUCACUAUUAGAUUAAUUUUUUUUU